AUGUCCAAUAAAAGAGGCGUACUGCCCGGAGACCGUUCUCUUCCACCUGAUCGUCGAAAAUGCGACGCAAUUACUCCUCGCCAUGCUGUUAAGUUUCCUGUAAAGCACAGAGCCUGGAAUCUCUUGCUCAGUCUCCUGCUAGCAGGACUUUUGGUUACGGCAACCAGCGCCCUCAAUCUGAGGCACACCCUCAGCAUUGAAGAGAGAGUAGAAAAGAUUUUGUCGGAAAUCCCGUUGAUCGAUGGUCACGACGAUCUUCCGAUUUUGAUCCGCGAGAACUUCCAAAAUCGUAUUUAUCAGAAAAAUUUCACCAUCCCUUUUUCUCAGGGCAACAUGGUCGGCCAUGUUGAUCUGCCUCGGCUUUCGCAGGGCCAAGUGGGAGGCACUUUUUGGAGUGUUUUCACAGAGUGCCCCGAGAACGGGACCGAUUUCUCGGACGCAAAUUAUGCCGCCAGUGUCCGCCACACGAUAGAGGCUGUUGAUGUGAUGUUCCGUCUUCAACAAGCCUAUCCGGACACAUUCUCCACGCCCCCCAACGGCUCCACCGCCUUGCAGGCUUUCCGAGAUGGAAAAAUUAUCUCCCCUAUGGGCAUAGAAGGGUUGCACUCGAUUGGUAACUCGUUAGCCUAUUUGCGCCACUUCUAUGAGCGAGGUGUUUCCUACGCAACAUUGACUCACAACUGUCACAAUCGCUAUGCCGAUGCAGCUAUCGUUGAGCUUCCAGGUGGAGGCAUCAAAAAAUCAGAGCCGUUGUGGAAUGGUGUUAGUGACGCCGGCAAGGAUCUGAUACUGGAGAUGAAUCGCCUUGGGAUGAUUGUCGAUCUGGCCCACGUGAGCGUAGACACAAUGCAUGACGUCCUUGGAGGGAAAGACGGCUGGACUGGUAGUCAGGCGCCGGUGAUUUUCAGCCAUAGCUCUGCGUAUGCAAUCUGUCCGCAUCCACGUAAUGUUCCAGAUGAUAUACUGGAGCUGGUCAAAGCUCGGGAGUCGCUUGUUAUGGUCAACUUUUCUCCCGACUUUAUCUCCUGUACCGCCUCGGACAACCCCAACGGCAUUCCCGAUCCUGACCCUACCCACGCAACGUUGGAACGGGUGGCAGACCACAUUUUGUACAUUGGCGCCCAUAUCGGAUUUGAUCAUGUGGGACUCGGGAGUGAUUUUGACGGGAUUCCAUCUGGUCCUCGUGGCCUUGAAGACGUGUCCAAAUUCCCCAGCCUGAUUGCCGAGCUCCUCCAACGCGGCGUUAGCGACGAAGAGGCAGCCAAAGUAGCCGGUGGAAAUAUUCUUCGUGUAUGGAAGGAAGUUGAUCGAGUUGCACUAGAGCUGCAGGCCAAGGGGGUUCUUCCAGUUGAAGAUAUCUUGGUAUGA